CUAGGGUUAGGGUUAGGACUAGGGUCAUGUUGUUGAUCAGCAAGAUGCUUGCUUCAAUCAGCUACAAAGGCUGGACAGGUCCCAAGAACAAAGGAGUGAAAUUACUGAAAACAAGUCUUCGCAGAGCCUUCCUGUUGCGUCUCUCACCUGCCGGCUUUCACCCAGGCUACACGACAGCCAAUGGCAGGCCACGGACUGUCAGCAUCUCGGCCAAUCAGAGUUCGCAUCGCCCUCAGAAACUGGAGUAAAAACCACGCCCUCCUCAUCAGGUCUAAAGGGCUGUCAUUUGAUCCAAGCAUCUGUGCAAAUUUUAUUUCAUGAAGUAUUUAAGUGAUCCAAAAUAACAGAAGCAGCACUGAUAUUACCAAUAAUCGAGCAGCAACGGGACGCUUGAGCACCACGGGCCAUUUGGACCACAACUGGCGCUAUCCCGUUUUAUUUACGGAAAUGCUUGGUGGACUAUAUCAGGUGCUCCGACAUCCGGAAAAGCAGGAAACCGACAGGAGAGCGAGCAUAUCCAGCAGGUGUAGCGCAUUCCUGCACGUCGUAAUGCUGUCAGGUUGCAACCAGCGAACUGGGGACUGCUGUAGCAUUAUACACCGCAAGCCUAUUGUUCGACGUGGAGCUGUCGUGUUCGAGCUCCACCUGCGAGUGCAAUUAAACAUUUUCUAGUUGUACGUUUUCCUUCACGACCACGGCAGCCAGGAAGCGUUUGUGCAUGCUUUCUGUCCCCUGUCCCGCAGUUGCAUUGGACUACACUGCCAGCAUGCACUGCGAGAGCCGGUGUAUUUGGAUACAGUGCAAGCGGUAGCAGCUGACAGUUGAGGGGAGUGAGUGGAGCACUGGAGUAAUAUAUAAUAAAGAGGGGGGUUAUAAACGAACUACAACACACACACACACACACACAACAUCAUACUGAAAACUUCAAUCUUGGUUUGAAGAAAGAUCUGCACGAGGCAGGUGUAAAAAUGUGAUUUUUUUUUUUUUGGCAGCGUUGCUAAUCGAAGCAGCUGGUGGGGGGGGGGGGCUGGUGACAGAGCCAGCAGUAAUUGUGGUUGAAUUAUUGUCAUAAAGAUGGUGGAUCCGUGGUAUGCCUGCUGGUUAAAGCAAGGAAUUAAACACAGCGGUACCGAUGGAUUGUAUUUUAACUAAGCCAAGGAAACAAACGGUCCACCUUUCAGAUUCCUGUCUGGGUUGGAAUAACCAAUAAACAAGUCAGUGCGGACUGCAGAUUUCCGUGUAGCGAAAGGCGUCUGAGAAGGAGAGCACAGGAUUUACAGCUUUUUUUUUUUUUUGGAUGUUAUCAUAACAGUGCGGUAUAGGAUAGCUCACCGUGAGGUGAGGGAAAAGAAUGCUGAUAACAUAUUGCAAAAACACUGGAACAGUGUUAUAUGUAUUUAUGUAUUUUACCUUCCACUGCAGCACUAAAUGAAGCAGGUACACAAUCUCAGGGUUCCGUCCGCUGCAAUCAGAUUGGAAAAGGCGGAAAUCUGCAAUAUGUCUCGUUUUAGUUGCAACGCACAGCCAUUAUUGCAUUAUAGAGAAAAACUACAUAGAAAUGGUCAUGAAAUACCGAAUAACCGAAAUACCGAAUAAUCUUUUGAAUUGAGAAUUUGUAGAUCGCUGCUGCAGUUAAUAUUAGAGAAUGCUGUGGACAUCGGAUAGCUUUGUACAGCGCAAAGGCUAACUGAAGACCGCAUUGGCUUCUUAAUGUUGAGUUUCAAGACUAGAUGAUUAUCUUUGGCCUCAUCUUCUCAGAGAAGGCACUGUUUUUAAACGGCUGUUUCUGAAAAAUAAUACUAGUGUAAGAGAACAAGAAACGAUGCAGUACAUUAAGCGGACCAACAACUAACUCAAGUGCAAUUUAGAAUAAAAUAAUAAUUUAUUAUAAAAAUAUUGAAGUUUUCUAAUUUACAUGUAUUUAAUAUAUUGGUUCGUUUUAAAUACGAAGUCAAUGUGUGCUAUCCGUGGCAUUUAAGGAUAUUGCAAGCUUGUAUAUGAGGUACAUUAUAGAUUGUAAUUUUGGUAUUGGUAAAUAAUUGUAUUUGUUAACAAGUCCUGUAUCAUAUUGUUUUCUUUUGUGUACAAAGCAGCUUUAAACAUCUGCUUUUAAAUACAACAUAUUUCCUUGUUUAACCCCUUGAGUUCAUCCUGCAAAGUGAAGGAGGCAAACGGGAACCAAGUGGAUACUUUCAGUUGGCACCUCAACCAUAGCAAAGACAACUGUACACAAAACAAUGGGAUUAUUCUCAGUGGAUUUGUAGACACCCUCCUCCAUCCAAAAAAACAAACUUCAAUAAUAAUCUCACAUGUGAAAAUGGAACGAUUUCUAACGUGCGUCCGUUGUUUCUGCUGAAGUCCCCUCACUGGAUUCUCAAAGACAUGUGCAAUCUAAUUUAUUUGCACCCUAACCCAGCAGGCUCAUUGUCACGAUGGCUAAUAAAAUGAGCUGCCCUUACUCUCUAUCGCCUUCCUGUAAUAGUGGGGGAAGCAUUAAAGGGCACGAUCAACAGCAUGGGGAUGGGACUUUGAGUACGACGGAAAAUGGCAGUUGCAAUUCGUCCACGUUUUCUUCCAGUUCGCCGGACCACCCCCUGCACACCGGCCCCACCCCGCUCUGGACUGCGGUGUUCGACUACGAAGCAACUGCUGAUGAAGAGCUAACCCUCUGCAGAGGGGACCUGCUGGAGGUCCUGUCCAGAGACUCCAAUGUGUCCGGGGACGAGGGCUGGUGGACGGGCAAAAUCAAGGACAAAGUCGGCAUCUUCCCCAGCAACUACGUCAUCUGGGACCCCAACUACACCAAAAUCCAUGGCAGUUUAAUGAAAGAGUGCCCCUUACCUCUGGAGAUUGAUUUCCAAGAGCUGCGGUUGGAAGAGAUUAUCGGGGCUGGCGGCUUUGGGAAAGUUUAUAAAGGCGUCUGGCGAAGUGAGGAGGUGGCGGUGAAAGCAGCCAGACAAGAUCCCGACGAGGACAUCAGUGUCACCGCGGAGAACGUCCGGCAGGAGGCCAAGCUGUUCUGGAUGCUCCGGCACCCCAACAUCAUUGCGCUGAAAGGGGUGUGUCUGAAGGAACCCAAUCUGUGCCUGGUGAUGGAGUAUGCCCGCGGAGGGGGCCUUAACCGAGUGCUUUCUGGCAAGAAGGUGCCCCCGCGGGUGUUGGUGAACUGGGCUGUGCAGAUAGCCAAAGGGAUGAGCUACCUUCACAAUGAGACCAUCGUGCCCAUCAUUCACAGAGACCUCAAAUCCAGCAACAUUCUCAUUCUGGAGCAGCUGGAGAAUGACGAUCUCUCCAAUAAGACCCUGAAGAUCACUGAUUUUGGCCUGGCCCGCGAGUGGCACAGGACCACCAGGAUGAGCGCCGCAGGAACCUACGCCUGGAUGGCCCCCGAGGUCAUCAAGCUGUCCCUCUUCUCCAAGAGCAGUGACAUCUGGAGUUUCGGGGUGCUGCUGUGGGAGCUCUUGACCGGGGAGGUUCCCUAUCGUGAGAUCGAUGCUCUGGCUGUGGCCUACGGAGUGGCCAUUAAUAAGCUGACCCUGCCCAUCCCUUCCACCUGCCCGGAGCCCUUUGCCAGACUGCUGGAAGAGUGCUGGAGCCCCGACCCACACCUCAGGCCCUCCUUCAGCACCAUCCUGGAGCAGCUGCUGUGUAUUGAGCAGUCGGCCAUGUUCCAGAUGCCCCUGGAGUCCUUCCACUCUCUGCAGGAGGACUGGAGGCUCGAGAUCCAGCAGAUGUUUGAUGAGCUGCGCACCAAAGAGAAGGAGCUGCGCAGCUGGGAGGAGGAGCUGGCACGCGCCGCUCUGGAGCAGAAGGAGCAGGAGGAGGUGCUGCGCAGACGAGAGCAGGAGCUGGCUGAGCGUGAGAUCGACAUCGUGGAGCGGGAGCUCCACAUCAUCAUCCACCAGAUGUACCAGGAGAAGCCCAAGGUGAAGAAACGCAAGGGCAACUUCAAGAAGAGCCGGCUGAAGCUGGGCAAGGACGGCAACCGCAUCAGCCUGCCCUCAGGUUUUGAACACAAGAUCACCGUGCAGGCGUCUCCCAGCGUUGACAAGUGGAAAGGCCAGGGCCCGGACCGCUGCAGCCCCCCAGGCAGCCCUGUCGUCAUCCCCCGGCUGCGAGCGAUUCGCUUGACCCCCAGCGACGGCAGCAAGACGUGGGGGCGCAGCGCGGUGUGUAAGAAGGAGGACCUGGCUGCCAACAAGAAGAAGGUGCGCACCUGGAGCCCCAGCUCCACACACCAGAGAGAGCGAAUCGGAGGAGAAGACAGGUUGAAGUCCCUGGGGGAGGGGUGUAAGCAGUGGUCAUCCAGCGCCCCCAACUUGGGCAAAUCCCCCAAGCAUGUCCCAAUCUCCGGAGGAUUCGCCAGCCUCAACGAGAUGGAAGAGGACUAUGAUGCCAGCUCCCCUCAGACAAACCCCCCAGACGAGGCAGACAGCAACGGGGCGGAGGAGGACAGCGUGCCCCCUCCCUCCAGCUGUACCCCCACAGACUCCCAACGCCGCGGUGCCCAGCGCAAGAAGAACAGCCUAGUGCUGCUGGGCUGUGCCUCCAUACUGGCCUCCAUCGCCCUCGGCAACGACCUCCUCCAGCUCGGCCGGCAGCAGAUGUCUCAGGACGAGUUGGAAGCCAAAGAGGAGAAGAAGAAGAAGGAGGGUCUGUUCCAGCGGACAGGGCGCUUCCGCCGCAGCACCAGCCCCGCCAGCAGGAGAGAGGAGUCCGUCCUGCCUUCCCUGGAGCCGUCCAGCUCAGUCACCCUGCUGUCCCUGUCCUCCCUCUCCGACUGCAACUCCACCAAGUCACUGCUGCCCUUCGAGAGCGAGGACCGCUCCGCCACCAACCCCCUGCUGGACCUCAAAACUGAGAGCUUCAAGAGAGACCCCAGGCAGUCCCUGACCCCCACGCACGUGAGCGCCGCCCUGGCCGUGUCGCGAGGGCACCGGCGCACCCCCUCAGACGGGGCAAUUCAGCCUCGGGCCCAAACCCCCACUCACCGCAGGACUCCUUCUGACGGCAGCGUGCCGGCCCUCCCUGAUACAGGCUCCAGGGAUGUGGAGGUCCCCCGCUUGCCCGACCCCUGUCUGCUGUUCCCUCCCGUCCUGCGGCGCAAGCCGGCGCUCGAGAAGGAUACUGCGGCGAUCGAGAGGCCCAAGACGCUGGAGUUUGCACCGCGGCCGCGCCCCUCCUCCGGCCGGGCCAGGAUCGACCCCUGGAAGUUGGUGUCGUUCAGACGGACACACAGCUCCUCUCCCGGCAGCAGCUGUGACAGCCCGCAGGCCACAGAGGAGCUAGUCCCGGCCAGACAGACCCUGCUGGACAUAGACAUGGAUGGACAGAGUCAGGACAGCACUGUCCCGCUGUGCGAGACCGCCCAAGCGCUGAGCUAACUGAGCCUUCACCCCGGAGCCUGGAGAAAACAGUGACAGCUGCAGCACGGAUAAAUGAUCUCUUAAGUCCAGCUGGUGUUCAAUGAAACCACUAUUAAAAUAAUAGUGCUGGGAUGCAUGGGGAGUUUCAUGUACUUUCAAUUUUAACCUAAUAUUAGAAUAUUCUUACAUUUUACCUUUGAAACUAUUAUUCAUGCCAUAUUACAGAAAAAUAAACUUGGCACGCCAGUAAAUUACAAAAAAGAGAAAAACACAGUGUUAUUUGUUUUAUUUUUGCAUUAGCGUUCAUUUUAAGCCUUCGGUAUAUUUCUGAUGCAGUCUUUUAUAGAUUCUGGUAUAUAAACUAAUACAAAUAUGAUCAUCAGAAAUGAAACAGACUCCUGGUGACUCUGCUCUGUCGCGAUCAGACUUGUUCCAGGAGUCGAACCAAUAAUAAGCUUCAUGACAGUCUUUUAACAGCAAGGUGAGACUGCUACUGUGUUUGCAAUAACUUCUGUGCAAGCAACAUAUACUGUGAACACCCUCCCUGUUACAAUGAUCUCCUUUUUCAAAUGAAAUGUACAUUUUAAACGCUGAUCUUGCAGCUGCUAUCUCGUGAAUUAGACCAUUUUCGGUUGCUUUUACAGAAGGUAUGUCCCUAUACUAAGAGGGCACCAGACACAGGCAUGGCUGAAAGGCUUUUGAUAAGGCCUAAAAUGUGUUUAACAUGUUCUACUGUCCCCUACAUUAUUGUGAGUGGUUCUCAUUGCGAUUAUUUACCGUAUUCCUUCAAAUUUAAUACGUGAUUUUUUAACCAACUCUUCUGCACCUAAAAUUCGAGUACAAUAGUAAUGCGUGUAUUAAAAUCACCAACAAAAGACGUGACUACCCGAGUACACAAGCAGCAACGUGACUGACU